CGCAGACGUUUCCUCAUGUAUCAUCAUCAGCCCAUGGACUGACUUGUUUGUUGUCGAGCAAAGAUGGAGUUCCUUUUGGGAAAUCCUUACAGUACGCCAGUGGGGCAUUGCAUUGAGAGAGCCACUGAUGGCUCCCUGCAAAGUGAAGACUGGACCCUCAACAUGGAAAUAUGUGACAUCAUCAAUGAAACAGAGGAUGGGCCAAAGGAUGCUAUUAGAGCAGUGAAGAAGAGGCUGAAUGGGAACAGGAACUAUAGGGAAGUGAUGCUGGCUUUAACGGUCCUGGAGACGUGUGUGAAGAACUGCGGCCAUCGUUUUCAUGCUUUGGUCACUAGCAGGGACUUUGUUGAUGGCGUGCUCGUUAAAAUCAUCUCCCCUAAAAACAACCCGCCUACAAUCGUUCAAGAUAAAGUUCUAGCCCUGAUUCAGGCGUGGGCUGAUGCAUUCAGGAGUAGUCCAGACCUCACAGGCGUGGUCCAAAUCUAUGAGGAGCUAAAGAGGAAAGGCAUCGAGUUCCCCAUGUCAGACCUGGAAACCUUGUCCCCUAUACACACACCUCAGCGGUUGGCAUCUGCUCCAGAGGGUGACUCCACCCUACAUAAGUUCAGCACCACUACUCAGCCCACACCACAGGCUGUCCCACCAGCCUACACCAGCCCUCAGGUCCCCAACAUUCAUGCCUCUGGAUCCAUCAAUCCUACACCUGAACAGAUUUGCCGGCUGCGCAGCGAGUUGGACAUUGUUCGUGGAAACACUAAAGUGAUGUCAGAGAUGUUGACUGAGAUGGUCCCGGGACAGGAGGACGCCUCAGACUAUGAGUUAUUACAGGAGCUGAACAGGACUUGUAGAGCCAUGCAGCAGAGGAUAGUAGAGCUCAUCUCCUGUGUUUCCAAUGAGUCAGUGACCGAGGAACUGCUGCAUGUCAACGAUGACCUCAAUAACAUUUUCCUACGCUAUGAAAGGUAUGAGAGGUUUAGGUCUGGGAGGUCCUCAGCUCAGAGUGUCAACAAUGGGGUCCUGAGUGAGGCCACAGAGGACAACCUCAUAGACCUCGGCCCAGGCUCCCCAGCGGUGGUCAGCAACAUGCCAAACGCAGCCCCAACCAGCUUGCCUCCCACCAUCACAGCCCCAGCAGGAAGGCCCUCCUCCCCGGCCACCUUGGCAUCCCGCUUGGCUGGCCUUGACAUUGGCGCUGACAGUGUGAGCAGCACCUUGAGCUCUCUGCCUACCUGUAAACCUGCUCCUGGCCAGGACGACUUUGAUGUGUUUGCUCAGACCAGGACUGGAGCACUGCCUGAACCACGCAAGACCACUACAGCAGAAGGCAGCAAUGCCUCCGACGGCCAUCCUCCCACUCUGGAUGUCCAACAGCCGACUGCAGGAGUGGGUGUCGGAGGCCAGUCCUCUGUUAUGGAUGACAUAGAGGAGUGGCUGUGUACCGAUGUGAAAGGAGAUGAAGGUGAAGAAGGCGUGACAAGUGAGGAGUUCGACAAGUUCCUCGAGGAGAGAGCCAAAGCUGCAGAGAUGGUCCCCAGCCUACCGUCGCCCCCGAGCGGCGAGCCGGGAGCGGUGCCGGGAACCCCCAGCCGCAAGAAGCCAGACAGGCCGGAGGACACUUUGUUCGCCGUGUAGACCUUCCACCUUUUUCCUCUGACCCCCAGCUUAAGACCCCGACCAGCCAAGCAGCAUCACCUGCGAACAGACUGACCUGACACUAAAACACGCCCACCUCCGCUCUGAUUCAACACUGUUCACACUACAGAGAUUUGUACAUGCUCUCCUUAUAAAAAAGGGAAUUAUUCAUGUUCUCCGUUAAUUUCUCACAAGAAAGGGAAAACCAAACGAACGGCCUAUUUUUGAUAUGCCACCAGACGAUGGAUCUCACCCACAUCAUGCCUGGUGUCAGAGACUAUGAGGCAGCCUGCUUUUUCCUUCCUCUUAAUGUGUGAAGAAUCUCCCUCCGCCUGUUAUGGACUGCAGAGCUUCAUGUUGCAGCUAAUCCUAAAAUAGAGUUUUAUAAAAGAGAGUCCUGCUGUGCUUGUCAUUAGUAGGAAAUCAAUUUCUUACCCAAAGCCCUAAAAGCAUGCAUUAACACCAAACAUGAUCAGUUACGUUUUUAUAAUUAAAGAGCCCCAGCAGAAACACUAUGGUUGUGAUUACAGAAACGCCCGUUGCAGGCAGCACUGAGCAGACCUACGACGAUAUUGUUUUGGUGUUUGUAUCAGUCCCUUUGCAAGUCAGUGCGAGUUGAACUGUAAAUUUGUAAAUGACAAAUGUCGAGUUUAUUAGUCGUGUGUAUAUUUAAGCUACAGAUGUAUGAAAGAGAUGUUGAUUUAAUGUAGAUUUUUUUGACAAGGGUUUAUCUUCCAGCUGCUCUGACGAAAAGGGAUGUACCUCACCGGGGUCAUCUUUUUGACAAGAAAAGGGAAUGGUAUACAUCUGAUAAUCUACAGAAACUAUAAUGUAACAGGAAGAAAGAGAAGAAGAGGGGAAUGUAGUUUUUGUGAUUGGCACAAUUGCGCACCACACCAACAAAUGUGUCCUUUUUAUCGUCCACUUAUGCUGCGUUCACAUGGAAUCAGGCAGACAGUAGACAGCACACCGGAUACUGUGUUUAGUGGAUGAGAACAGGCAGAGAAUUGUGGGUAACAGUCAGUGGCAGAGUCAAAAUAUUUUAACUGUUUGACGUCCUCCACAACAGAACUUGCUGAAUUUUAUGUAGCUCCCUCACACGGGGAGAAAACACAGGCAAUCUUGACAAUUAGUGGACAUUACUAGAAUAAUUAUAUAAGAUAAUAAACACCGGGCUCCUAGUCAUAAAAUUCCUGGAAAAUUUAUGAAAUUAAAAAAGUUUUUUUUUUUGGGCUAUUAUUUAGAAUAUGUUCAUAAAAAUACCAAAACAUUUCUCACAUUUCACAAAAUAUGUUCCUUUUCUUACUAAUUUAAAAUCUAGUGUUGAAACGAUUGAAGGGACAUGAUGGCAAUCAACAUUAUUUCAUUGAGUUACCACAUAUGCUGUGCUUCAGGCAAGGUUGCAAAACCAUGUCCAGACAUGCCCGUAAAACAAAUGUUAAUUUAACAAGAAAUUAAUUCAGUGUAAGUUUUCAAAAUUAUGAUCUAAACACAUGUUAAAAUGUAUUGACUUUCCCCAAAAAGGGGCGCAGCCUUGACGUUUUGCUAAGUACCCGUAUGUGCCGAUGUGGUUUGUUGGCGUAUGCAUCCAGUAGUUUAACUUGCGAGUAAAGUUAGCAUAAAUGCUAGCAGAAUGCUAAUGUGCAAAGCCUGGGAAGUGCGUGGUUAAUAAUGUGUGGCUGAACUGCUAUAGAGGCUCACUUAUUUUAAACUACUUAAGUAAAGUUAUGGAAAUGGGUUAAAAUAUUAUGUAAAAGUUAUGGAAAACUUUUGAAAAGUCGUGUAAAAAUGUGAGGGAACCCUGGAAACAUGAAACAAUUUUAGAUUUUCUUCCGUUCACAGUUGGAAUAUGUUUUACAGACUGUUCUGUUUGUUGUCCCUGUGCCGUCCAGAAGGUGUUGUCCGUCUGCCUGAUUGCGUGUGAACGCAGCAUUAGUCACACGUACACUUCUCUUUGACAAAUGUAACCGCAGUUGUUGGUAUUGAGAUUAUAUUACUGAGAUUUUAUUUGCCUAAAGCUGCUGUCAGAAUUUUCGCAGGUCGUUAAAUCCCAUCUGCUGAAGAGCUAAUUAUUCUCAUUCAUGUAAACAUCUUUGUACUCACUGGGAGUGGUUAAUGUUACUUUGAGCAGAGUCCCAGUCACAGUUGGUCUUACUGGUAGCUGAUGAGACACAUGCUGGUGAGGUUUUACUCAUUGACUGUUGGUUUUAACUUUUUUUUUUUUUUUUUUUUUGUGAGUAGAUUGUGCUGUAUGAUUUCUGUUUUGAAAAGCUGAGUUUAGAGGACCAAACUUGCGCUCUCUUCUGGCUGUAGUAUUUGGGUUGUCCUCACAUAAUCCGGUCCUUUAGUUGUCUCAGAAUCCACAGCUUAAUAUCCAGGGAUGUAAUGAGAAUCUAAUAUCACACUACAAAAAGCUGUUUGCACAUUAUUAUUAUUUUGUCGUGCAUUCUCUCCGUUAUUUCCUUAUGCUGACAUCUUAAAAGGCUCUGACCUUUUCCGACAUGACAUUUGUUUUCAGAAAUGAGCCGGGUGCAGACAGAGUGCUACAAAUGAGACGUUUUUUUUUUCCUCCCUCUUCUGACAAUAAUAAAUGCAACAUGUUACACAAUCACGACAAGCUUAAAACAAGCGUGCACUUUGACAGUCGCGUUACCUUUCAACCUCUUACUGUAAAUUAACACGUAACCAGAUGUAAUUAAUGAGAGUUGUUUGGGGAAUAUUUGAGCAGAGGUGUAGAGAUAAUUUAUUCAGCACUAUUUUUUGUCUUCAGAUCAGUAUUUUAAAUCAUUUUAUUGUACAAAAAAAUGUUAGGGGACAGAAUGAGGGAUUGGUUUGAGUGUUUUUGUUAAUGGAGUUCAGAUUUUCCUUUUUAUACAUUGCUGCUGGCUAAUGUAUCUUGUGUGUCAUUGUUAGUUUAUUGGUUCUGUGGAUAUUCUUGUUGGUUCAAUGUGUCCAUACGGUAACAAAAAAGAAUAUGGACAUAGUUAAUAAGGGCAGUCCAUAGCUGUAUGAGAAUCACACCAGUUCUAUUUAUCUCAUAAAGGAUACAUAUUUUUAUUAGCUUCACUCUGACUGACAAAACAGACAUGAUUAACUUACUUUGGACACUUUCGACAAAGCAUCAACAUUGCACAUUUCUGAAAGGGAAACCUCCUUUCUUUGUUUUAGUGUUCAGUGUGUGUGUGUGUCAUCUGUUCUGUAACGCAGAACGCAACGUUUUAUCUCAGUUGAAAAAAAAAAGAAGCCUCCAAAUGUGUGUUUUAAAGAAUACAUGUUGUUACUAUCCCGUUUGAUACCGCCCAGGAUCAACCUGGUUUAUAUCAGUGUGAGCUCUGUCAGUGAUUUGUAACCGAAUCUCAGCAUACCUACAGUGAGACUUCACCGGAGUCAUCUCAGACCUGUUUUGCAGAGGAACAAUCCGUUUCUUUGUGCGUCGCUGGAUAAUAUGAAAAGAGAUGCUGAUAAGGGAGGCUGUGCUGUGUGACUGCUACUUUCCUGAGUUGCCUCAUCUCUCAUUUCUCUUUGUGUUGUUUGACUUAUGCAUGAACUCUAAUAAAACAUUAGCAGUGUGUCCA